AUGUCGCCCACCCCAACAAUCACCACCGCGUCCCUCGACGAUGCUCCCUUCUACCUGGACCCCGCUGUUGGGGACCUGAUCAUCCGCGCAUCCGAUUGCGUCGACCUCCACGUUCACAAAGACAUCAUGACCCACGCGUCUCCUGUCUUCUCCAGCAUGCUCUCCCUCCCACAGCCCAAGUCUCAUUCACCCGGCGACGAUUUCUGCGACAAGCCCCUUGUUGACGUGCACGAAGAUAGCGCCGUCUGGUCGCACCUCAUCCCAAUCUGCUACAUCCCCUGCCUGCCCUCCCCACCCCUCUCCGCCUCCGAUCUCGAUCUCAUCCGUGCCGUCCUCGACGCUGCGCGCAAGUACCAAAUGGUGUCCGUCACCAACGUCAUGCGCCGCGUCCUUGUUACGCGCCCGGUUGUACUGCAGAAGCCUGUCAGCGUGUACGCUGUGGGCUGCGUGUACGGGCUUGAGGACGUUGCGCGCGUCGCCGCGUGGAGCAGUUUGAGCGAACCCUUGUUCGUCGAGUACGUCCCGGAGCUGGACCUCAUCUCCGUGCGCACGUUCCACCGGCUCUCGGAAUACCGCACGCGGUGUGUCGCUGCCGCACUCAAGGUUACGGCUCCUGCGGGUCGUUGGGAGAACGUCAAUGAACGUCUUCUUCGAAUCGGGUCCGGGUCGGGUUGCUUCUCGCAAGACGGAUGUCAGAUUGUCGGCCGGGUCGGGACCUCCACUCUCUACCGAAGGUGCUGGGCGACGUAUGUAGAGAAAUUGGAGCGAAUACUCGAGCAGACGCCAGAUGCUGCGAAGGCGCGCUCUGCCGUGCUUUUGGAGCCAGUGAUCCAGUCGGCGCAGUAUUGCCACGUUUGCUUGAAAACGAUCCACGCCAAUGUAGACGCGGCUUCCACGGGGCUGGAGAAGAUGUUGAAGGAAGCGAUUAAGGAGAGCAAAGGUCAGAGCAAAGGGGUGCAAGAAGGCUCUGGGAUGUGA